CGAUGGUAAGCAGAGAGCCCCCACGGCUUCAUGACGCAAGUAUUGGCACUUUGCAAGCACCUCGACCAGGCCGAUUUGGCCUCGACACAGCAGCUAACAGCCCUGCGUCGCAGUGUUAUAACGCCGCCGCGGGGUCGGAAAUCCCCAGGUCUCCCUCCAACUCUCCGUGACAGCUACGGCCCAUCCACUUGUGGUACGAACGUAUUUAUCAAAGAGCACAGACAUGGAGGGGCAAGAGGACUUCAUCGAUGUCCCAGAGGACAUCCGCAAUUACGUUGAGGAAGGCAACUUCAGGUUCCAUGCCUAUCAAAACGCCUCCUAUGCAUUCCCCAACGACGACACUGCACAGAGUGUUGAAGACGAAAGAUAUGUGCUAGGGAUUAUAUUGUGCGAAGAUCGCUUGCAUCUGGCUCCAGUUGCAUCGGAGCUGAGCAAGCCUGGAGCUAGAGUGCUCGACCUAGGGACUGGCACGGGAUUAUGGGCCAUGGACAUGGGUGACCACUAUCCGCAUGCCGAGAUUAUAGGCGUGGAUAUUUCGCCGAUACAACCCACACUCGUCCCCGAGAAUGUCAUGUUCCUGGUGGCUGACAUGGAACAAGAUUUCGACGGAGAGGACGAGUCGUACGACUUCAUACACGCUCGUCACACGCUCGAAUGUGUGGUGGACCCGGCUGGGCUUCUGAGCAAGAUCUACAGACUUCUUAAGCCGGGCGGCUAUGUCGAAUUCCACGGCAAUGACCAUAUUCCGCAGGUCGACGACGACGGGACACUCCCGCCAAACACUUCUUACGCAGUCCGCGAGCUCACCCAGCUUGUAGCCGAAGGCGUAAAACGGUACUCCAAGACAGAAUAUGACAUCAUAGCACAGGCGGGCCCUCUGGUGGCCGCGGCCGGUUUCGAGUCCGUCACGAGCGAGAUGCGCAAGCUGCCAUUGGGUUUGUGGCCACAAGACUUGCGGAUGCACACGUGCGGCUUCCACGCUCUUUCGUCAUUCAUGAGAGGGAUGCGCGGUCUGUGUGCGCGGACUCUGGGGCCAGAAGGGCUGGGUUGGACGGCACCGCAGAUUGAGGCCUUUCUCACGACAGUACGACGCGAUGCCGUGGAUCCCAGAUUCCACGCUUGGUUUCCGUAUCAUGUUGUAUACGCAAGGAAACCGUUGUAAAAGGCCUUUUGACUCUCAUAGUGCCUUUCUUUAUUCUUUAGCAAAUGUAUAGCCACGCUCUCGGUGU